AUGACUUCUCAAGAGCAAAGAGUCUUAGAAUUUCAAGAAACUUCCGAAGAAUCGGAAUACCUUGCAUUCCUACAAAAGACUGCACAACAAGCGCAGCGUCUUCAGGAAAUUCAACAACAAGAGUACGAAAUUAUUUCUCAUGAUGAUCCAACUACAUAUCCACCCGAGAUCCAACGUAUCAGAGAAGAUAUACUUGAAGCGAGUGCUCAACUUUUAUAUAUAUCAGAGAGUGAAGAGCCUUAUGAAUUUGUAUUUAUUCCGAACGAUCAAAUUACUUCUCUUCCGACAAACAGCGUAGAUUUUGCAAAUUUGAUUAAACAAUGUAAUAUCCAUAUAAUGACAGAAGAUGAGAAAACAAUAGGCGAAAAUCGUGUAAUGACAUUUCAAGAGUUUUUUGAACCUUUUACUGGAGCUAAUGCACAGGACCCAUAUGGACAAAAAGGUGGAUAUAAAGAAUUACAAAAGAUUGUCGCUGCAGUUUUUGGUGGUAAAGAUAAUGUAAAAAUAUACAAAAUUGGUGAACAACGUAGAGUUGGUGUAUACAUUGCCGGAUUAUAUUGA